AUGCUGCAACGACCUCGGCAUCUACUGACUGUUCACGACACUCCCCACCUCCAACCGACGCCUCCAGCUUGGACUUACCACCAUCAGCCCCUCGGUGCCGAGACGCGACUGAUCGAGUCCUGCCGGAUCAACUCGUUCACCUCCUUCGACCGCUCGUGGAACGCGGCGAAGGCGCUGCUCGUGACCAAGUGGAAGAAGGCCGUCUUCCACCGUCGUUUCCGAGGCCUCAAGCGAAGCAUGGUCAAGCAAUUGGCCUUAUCCCCCGAAAAGAAGUCUAGAUCCCAGUCACGACUUCCUAACUCGAACGCAAGCGGUGUUUCGAUCACAACAGCACAGGCAUUGGCACAGGGCAGUGAGCCAUGUCUGACAGACCUCGAUGAACUGAACACAGUACACGACGGAUCCAAAACAGGGGGUCAGUCCAAUCGACGGUCUACCACACCAGUCGAUCCUAUGGAGAGUAACAACAAGGCAAGCGCUGCUCGACGAUCCAGCCAUUGCCCACGUGACAAGAAAGGCGAGCGAAAGCAGACGCCCGAGCAGUACGUCGCCCUCAAGAGACAAGAGGCCGUCGAGCGUGUGAUGGCUGCUUUCAACAAGUGGCUCGACAAGCGACUGGCGAUCAUCUCCUACGCCUACGAGGCUUCCGAGGCGUCCGAAGGCACCACCGAGGGCUCCAGCAAAUACCCUUCAGACGGUAGUGGCAAGUCGAGUACCUCGUCCAAGCGCCCGAAGCGCCAGUUCGAAGGUGAUGGUCAAGAUAACUUCUCUGCUGGCGGCGACGAGAACGGUAAGGAUCGAGCAGGCAACAAGCGGGCGAAGAAGGAGGUCGAGCUAGAGCGAAAGUGGGCCUGCCCCUUUUACAAGCACGACCCCGAAGCUCACAGUAAACACCGAAGCUGUGCUGGUCCAGGAUGGCCAUCGCUCCAUCGGCUCAAGGAACACUUGUACCGCAUACACCGCCUGCCCAAGCACACGUGCCCUAGGUGCACCGAACCCUUCGAGGAUGCUAAAGACCUUCAAUCUCAUCUUCGUGCGGACGAACCUUGCAAGACGCUCGAACUGGUGCCGGUCCAGGGGAUCGACGAGGCUACCGAAGCCAAGCUGAGAAUCCGGAAGAAGCAUGGUCCAGGGGUGACGGAGGAGCAGCGAUGGAAGGAGAUCUACUUGAUCUUGUUCCCAGACGCAAACCGCCAUGCCGUUCCAAAUCCAUAUUACGACAGCAAUGAUCCUCUGGCGCUCUCCAAGCGCGUCGAUCGGUUCAGACGCGUCGAGAAGCGCAUCAAGAAGGAACUUCCCCAACUGGUACAGAAGAGAGUGGAAAGGAAAUUCGAGAAUGUCCAGAUCGAGGUGCUGCAUAACCUCAACGACAUCAUUCGGGAUGGGCUGCUGGAGUUCUUCAAAGGCCUGCCAAGAGACGACCGCUCUCCAUCUGUAACGCCAGCGGCGACACCGAGGGCAACGACACCAGGCCUGAAUUCUAGUCAUGAACCUUCGCCAAUGGACGAGGCCAAAAAUGUCUCGAUGGAUCUCUCCACCUACUUUGAUGACCCAGACCUGCCGUUGAUGCACUUUGGUGGUUUCGACAACUUCGAUUUCAGUGCCGAGUUCAACUUUGACUCCUCGGAUGGGUUCACCUUUGAGAAGGUAUCGGACUCUGGGUAUGCUUCGACUAGCACCGCAAGAGGUUCCCGAGGGCGAUAA